CCCUCCGCGCGAAAGAACUUUGCUUCCCAGCAAGCAUCUCGGCUCCUGCCUUCGGUCCUCCGUCUCUUGCGGCCGGACUCGGUUUCCCAGAAGCCUUGGCAGCUUUGCGGCGGAAGCUCACGUGGCCUUGGUUUUCUUCGGCGAGAGACGCGACGGAGAGCCGAGGGAGGGGAGCGAAACGAAACGGGCUCCCGGUGGGCGCCCAGCGAGCCAGCCUCCAGCUAUGGCGAUCCUAUUUGCGGUUGUAGCCAGGGGCUCCACCAUCCUGGCCAAGCAUGCAUGGUGCGGAGGGAAUUUCCUGGAGGUUACAGAGCAGAUCCUGGCCAAGAUACCGUCGGAAAACAACAAGCUCACCUACUCGCACGGAAAUUACCUGUUCCACUAUAUCUGUCAGGACCGGAUUAUAUACCUCUGCAUCACAGAUGAUGUAAGUACUGGGAAAGCUACAGUGGGGAAUUGCAAAAUUGGUAAAAUUUGCACGCUUUAAAGGUGGGUUGCUGGAAGCGGGCAAAUACAGAGGUAUA